AAGGCACUGCGCAUGCGCCUCCCUCGCAUCAUGCGCGACCGGAAGUGGGGGCCGGCGGGGCUCAGCUGUGACGGACCCGAGUGGCGCCUCCGCGGUCUUCUUCCGGCGCCGAGGGAACAAGGUUUGAACCGACAUUAAAAGCUGCCUGAAGCAAACGCAAAAUGACAAGACAAAACAACGACACGCAAAAGCGAGCGUUAAAAUAGGAUUAAGCCGAUGGCGGCGUUUAAAACCCGGCGCUCGCGAAAAGGACGAAAUGGAAGUUAAAAGAUAAAAGUGCUUAAAAAACAGUGCCAUUAAAAGGGGGCCAUGAUGCGCUGCAGGGCUUAAGGCCACCGGGGAAUUGCUUUCCUCUGUCUGCUUGGCGUCUGCAGAGAAGAUGGAGGCCGGAGUACCAUCGCCGCCGGAGAGGCUGGAUGGCCAAGCAGCAGACCCUUCCUCCGCCGGGGUCAACAGGCAGAUCUCCGUCAGCGAGUUCUCCUGCCAUUGCUGCUACGACAUCCUCGUGGACCCCACCACCUUGAACUGCGGGCACAGCUUCUGCAGGCAUUGCCUGGCCUUGUGGUGGGCGGCCUCCAAGAAGAACGAGUGCCCCGAAUGCCGGGAAAAGUGGGAAGGGUUCCCAAAGGUUAACAUCCUCCUCAGGGAUGCCAUUGAGAAACUGUUUCCAGAUGCCACUAAGCAGCGCAAAGAGGACAUCCAGCAAAACCCAGAUGCGUCCGACAGCCUCACCGCCUUCCAGAAAUAUGGGACGGAGCAGACGCCUGCAGCACCCAACACAGGGAGGAUCAUUCCUCGAGGAGGGGGCUUUUUCUCUGGGGUCCUGACGGCGUUGACAUGUGUCGCGGUGGUUUUACUUGGCUAUCACUGGAGCAGCCGGGAGUUGGAAGAUGACCUUCUGGUCCACAAGCCUGUUGCCAAGUGGACGGCUGAGGAGGUGGUCCACUGGCUGGAGCAACUGGGACCUUGGACUUCCCUCUACAAGGAGAGGUUUUUACUCGAGAGAGUCAAUGGAAGGCUCCUCCUAACGCUCACGGAUGAGGACUUUUCCAAGGCUCCUUACCACGUGGAGAACAGCAGCCACAGAAAAGCCAUCCUCAUGGAGCUGGAACGUGUGAAGACGCUGGGGGUCAAACCGCCACAGAACCUUUGGGAGUACAAGGCUGUCCAUCCCGGGAAAUCCCUCUUCCUCCUCUAUGCCUUGAAGAGCUCCCCGCGGCUUACUAUGUUGUACCUCUACCUGUUUGACUACACUGACGUCUUCCUCCCCUUCAUCCACACCAUCUGCCCGGUGCAAGAGGAGGAGUUUGAAGACAUCAUCGCCAAGCUGCUGGACUUGAAGGAGCCGGCGUGGAAACAGUGGCAAGAGUUCUCUAUCAAGUACCUCUUCCUACCCUACCAGCUGGUGGCUGAGUUUGCCUGGGACUGGCUGGCGGUGCAUUACUGGACCUCUCGCUUCAUCAUUGUCAACGCCAUGCUGCUCUCGGUGCUGGAGCUCUUCUCCUUCUGGAGGCUGUGGUCAAGGAGGGAGCUGAAGACGAUCCCUCACCGGAUGUGGAGCCAUUUCUGGAAAGUGUCGACCCAGGGAUUCCUGAUGGCCAUUUUCUGGCCCGUUAUUCCUCAGUUUGUCUGCAACUGCCUCUUCUACUGGGCCCUGUACUUUAACCCCGUCAUAAACAUUGACCUCGUGGUGAAGGAGGUCCGGCGCUUGGAGACGCAGGUCCUUUGAUGGGGGGCUCAGGAUCCCUCCCUCUUUGAAACCCAGAGGCACAAAAACGCCACUUCUUUUUCUUUUCCCUUUCUUCCUGUGGAAAUAAAACUCAUGCUGAUUUCGGAGGGAAAGAGAAGGGGGUUUAAUUUAAUGGCACACCGGCUGUUUUUGGCAAGUCUUUUCUUUGAAGUGGCAAGGACUGUGUCUGAUGGAGGUAAGCACUUUUCUCAGAGAGCUGUGAUUUCUUGUGGCAACCAAGACAGUGGCGUUUGGGCUCGCCAGAGGCAUGGAUUUUGUGUUUUGCUUUCGGUGUACAACAGCGGGAGCAUCGUGUGGGAAACAUGAAAUGGCGGGAGUCUGGCUCUUCCUCGCUUCCCUCGGUCCAUGUUUGUGGUGUGCUCCGAGUUCAAGCACUUGUCUGUUGUGUAUUUGCCCUUUCUAAAAGGGGCUUCUGACCUGAUUCAGGUUCUCCUUCCCUCCGUCAUUUUGUGUGUGAAUGUGAGUCUGCUUCUGUUGUUGUAUUCAUUUCCUCAGUCUCCUUGCCAGCCACAAAGAAUCCCUUUUUAAAGCCUAGAAUGUCCUGCAUGUAAAGACCAAUUCUGACGUUGUGGCGGUUUUUGUAUACAUAGCUAUAAAAAAAGCCACUGGUGUUGCCAUGGGUUGAAAUUAUGCCAAAUCCAAGAUGACAUUUGUUUUAAAUAACGGCAUCCCUAUAGAAAAUGAAACUCUGCGUUUGUAUCAAUCUUCUGAUUUGCAUAUGAACAUUUUUAAGAAUUAAAAAAGAGAGAUUUUUUUCUAA